AUGCCGGUAUUUUUAAAAUCAAUCGAUUCUAAGUAUCAUGACACGAGAUCUCUCUCAUUAUAUCAUCGUGUUGUGAAACGCCUCAACCUAUCAACUCGUUGUGGACGCGUGGCGCAAGAGAGAACGCGUCGGUCUAUGAAACAGAUGAUUGUUGGUUCGAAUCCUGCCGUGGUCGCUAAUAUUUUCAUUAUGAGGAACAAACGGGCGUAG